AUGUCAGCGUCAGGACCAGCGCAAGGCCAAUCUGAAGGCGCUUGGAAGCAGCAGAUUACCUCCAAGCUUUCCAAAGAUGAGCGUCCCCAGACCGAGGAUGUCCUCAAUACAAAGGGCAACGAAUUCGAAGACUACUUCCUCAAACGCGAACUCCUCAUGGGCAUCUUUGAAGCUGGUUUCGAACGUCCCUCUCCCAUCCAAGAAGAAGCCAUCCCUAUCGCGCUCACCGGUCGAGACAUCCUUGCGCGUGCCAAGAACGGCACUGGAAAGACCGCCGCCUACGUCAUCCCAUCGCUAGAGAAGCUCAACACCAAGAAGAACAAGAUCCAGGCCGUCCUCCUCGUCCCUACCCGUGAGCUCGCUCUCCAAACAAGUCAGGUCGCAAAGACCCUCGGAAAGCACCUCGGCGUCGAGGUCAUGGUCACCACCGGUGGUACCACGCUUCGCGACGACAUCCUGCGUCUCGGACAGACCGUCCACAUGCUCGUCGGAACUCCUGGCCGUAUCCUCGAUUUGGCCGGCAAGGGCGUCGCCGACCUCAGCCAGUGCACCACCUUUGUCAUGGACGAAGCCGACAAGCUUCUAUCCCCCGAAUUCACCCCCGUCAUGGAGCAGCUGCUCAGCUUCCUCCCCAAGGAGAGGCAGGUCAUGCUCUUCUCGGCCACGUUCCCGCUCAUCGUCAAGGACUUUAAGGAUCGCAACAUGGUCAAGCCCUACGAGAUCAACCUCAUGGACGAGCUCACCCUUCGCGGUGUCACCCAGUACUACGCUUUUGUCGAGGAGCGUCAAAAGGUGCACUGUCUCAACACGCUAUUCUCCAAACUCCAGAUCAACCAGUCCAUCAUCUUUUGCAACUCGACCAACCGUGUCGAGCUGUUGGCCAAAAAGAUCACCGAGCUCGGAUACAGCUGCUUCUACUCGCACGCAAAAAUGCUCCAGGCGCAUCGAAACAGGGUUUUCCACGAUUUCAGGAACGGCGCCUGCCGUAACUUGGUCUGCUCCGAUCUCUUGACGCGAGGUAUCGACAUCCAAGCCGUCAACGUGGUCAUCAACUUUGACUUCCCCAAGAACGCCGAGACCUACCUCCACCGAAUCGGUCGUUCCGGUCGUUUCGGUCACUUGGGUCUCGCCAUCAACCUGAUCACGUACGAGGAUCGAUUCAACCUUUACAGGAUCGAGCAGGAGCUGGGUACCGAGAUCCAGCCCAUCCCUAGCAACAUUGACAAGAGGCUGUAUGUCGCCCCUUCGCUCAUCCAGGAGGCGGAGGGUAAGAACGGCAACGGCAACAGGCAGGAGGGCAGGCCGGUCAUUCCGCCAGACAUCGUGGUGGUGGAGGUGGCGGCGGCGGAAGACGAGGCGGACCGCAGGGUGGAGCUCCGGCGCAGUAGAGCGGAUGAUGCGCCGGCGUCGCAGAAAUUCGCGCUGUCGAGACGCGUACAUCAUCUCGACCGUCGAGAUGCCCCUUUGAUUCUCUAUCGAUUCGCCAGUGGCAUCGCCCCAGAGAGUACUACAGUUUCCUUCCUCUGCAAAUCGACCCUCAACUUCGCUGUCUUGUCCUUCCACCAAAUCCAUCAAUCUCACCAUCGGCGACGUCGUCACAAACUCACCGACCCCAUACUUACUUCGAACUUCGUAUGGCUUCCAUCUGAUCAUCUGGGUGCUUGGAGCGCCUCCAAUCCUCGACCAUCCACACCCUCACCGCUUGGGAUCGCAAUCAUGUCCGCCGCCGUCGACACCCACCAAUUGCCCUUCGACCUCUACACAUAUACCCGCUCAGUCGUAGCUGCAGCCGCCUCAGCUACCACAACUGCUGCAGCAAACAUCGCUCAAACCACCUUCGACUGGGACAGUGCAUCCCCCGGCAGCGGGGGCAACAAUGGCUCCGACGACAACCCCGCCAUCCCACUCCCCAACCAACGCGCCUUCGAAGGCCCCUGGUUCUCUCAGCAGCUCUCCCUCUCCAUCUUCAUCGGCCUCUUAUCCUUCCUCAUCUUCGUCGUCGUUCGACGUCGGAACGCAGCCCUCUUCGCACCGCGCACCAAGCUCAAAGGCUUCUCUCCGCUCGACGACGGUCACGAUGUCGGAUACUUCGGCUGGAUCCUACCCACGCUCAAGACCGAGGAGUUGCGGAUACUGCAAACGGUCGGGAUGGACGCUGCCAUCUUGCUGAGCUUUCUCAAGAUGGGCUUCUGGCUCUUCUUCGGUAUGAGCUGUUGGAGUGUUUUGGUGCUGAUGCCGGUGAAUUACUGGCAGAACGGUGUGCUGGACGGCGUGAGUCCUGCAGAGGAUAGGGACAACACCACGGAUCCGUUCGGAGUAAGAGAUACCGUCACGAGUGUAUGGACCCAACUCAUCUUCACAUCGCUCAAAAGCAAGCACGACACCCCCGAAGAACCUUUGCCUCAACUACCGCUGCCCGCAAAACCCGCACAGGCUCAGCUCUACCACGCCACCCACCUUCUCUCCACCUAUCUCUUCACCGCGCUCGUCAUGCGUGCCAUCUGGGUCAACUACCAGCGUUUCGUCCGCUCCCGUCAGCUCUACAUCCUCGAGAUCCUCGAAUCCAUCCCUGCGCGAACCGUCGAGAUCCGCGAUCUCCCGGCGCAUCUGCGCGACGAAAAGGCGCUGGCAGAGUACUUUGAGAACAUGGACAUGCCCGUCGAAUCCACCGCUGUGGUGCGCAACACCGAGGGCCUGUCGAGGCUGCUCAAUUUGAGGUCGAGGGCGUUGCAGCAGCUGGAGAAGACAUGGGUGAGCUGGCUGGGCAACCCGACGGAUGCUGAUGGGUACGAUCCGGAGAAGAUCAUGCUUCUGGCGGCAGGGGCGAGUCACGAGGAUACGCAGUCUUCGGAUGUCACAGACGACUUGGUUAGGACCAGCGUCGACCAAGGUGAGCGCGACCAGACUCGUCAAAGGGACGACCUCGAAAGCAGCCGUCUCCUGGGUGACAAUGUCACCGCGUCCGGUGUCGUCUUUACCGGUGCUGAUACGAUCCGAACGCACCGCCCGCGGCCAACGAUGCGCAAGCAGUGGUGGAAUCCGUUCAGCGAAAAAGUAGAUGCUAUCGACGAGCUCACCCGUCAAUUCAAUGCUGUAGAUCGAGCCGUUCGACGUCGACGCAAGACCGGGCGUUUCCCCGGCGGCAACGUCGGAUUCGUCACCUUCCAGAGCGCCGCCAGCGCACAGAUCGCUUCCCAAACCGUGCACUACCCCGUCCCCGCCUACUGCUCCACCUCGAUGGCCCAGGAACCUAGGGACAUCAUCUGGUCCAACAUCGACCUCUCCAAUAACGACCGCCGGGUCCGCCAGGUUCUCGUCACUAUCUUUAUGAUCGCCGUGCUGGUGUUCUACAUCCCGCCCCUCGUCUUCCUCGCGAGUUUCGUCUCACCCGGAGCCAUCAAGAAGUACGCUCCUUGGCUCGACAGGCUGCUGGACACGGAUCAGAGGCUGCGAGCCUUGGUGCAGAACAAUCUGCCUUCGCUCGUCGUCAUCGGAUUCAAUGCCUUGCUGCCGUUGGUGUUGGAGUACUCCUCCUAUCUGCAAGGCUUGAAGGCGAGGAGUUUGGUCGAGUACAGCCUGCUGAAAAAGUACUAUCUCUUCUUGAUGGUUUCGGUGGUGUUCAUCUUUUUGGUGGCGACGACGGCGUGGGGUGUGUUGCAAGAGUUGGCCGAGAACCCGAUGAGGGUGAUCGACAAGUUUGCGGCUUCGUUGCCCAAGGCGAGGUUCUUUUCGCUGUCGUACGUGAUUCUGCAGGGGAUAGCGCUGCAGCCUUUGCAGCUGCUCCAGUUGCCGACGCUGAUACUGCGCGCGUUCUAUCGGGUGUUCUGGACACGUACACCGAGAGAGUUCGCCGAACUCAACGCUCCACCCACCCUGGCCAUGGGAAACGUCUACCCUCAAGCCCUGCUCAUCUUCACCCUCUGCAUCCUCUACUCGAUCGUCUCGCCGCUCAUCGUCAUCUUCGGUACGAUCUACUUCGGCAUCGCAUACGUCGUCAACAAGUACAAGCUGCUGUACGUGUUCUACAAGCCCUACGAGUCUCAGGGUCAGGCAUGGCCGAUUUCGGCAUCCAGAUGCAUCUGGGCCUUGGUGCUGUUCCACGUUUUCCAGUUUUCGCUGUUCAGUGUUAGGAAGGAGUUGUGGAUGAGCACUGGGUUGUUGCCGUUGAUCGUUUUCACGUUCUGGUUCAGUCAGCAUUUGGAGACGACGUUUGGGCCGCUGACGGAGCACGUCAAUUUGAGUAGUGUGGUCGAGGUGUUGAAGGAGAGCGAGGUGGAUCCGGCAGUGGCCGAGUUGGCGCAGAACGGACCGAAGGGUGUGGCGCGGGCCGAGGUGGGAGACGGAGUGGUAAGCAACGAUCCGAGUGCUGUCGCUGCGACGAACAGCGGUGGGCCAAGAUCAGGUACGAUGACACCCAGCAGCAGCAAAAGCAAACAUCUUCUGGGACUGGACGCCAGCUCCAAGAUCGAUCCCGAAUUCACCAAACUCGCACUGGCCAGGUACAGUCACGACGAAGAGGACGAAACGCUGUUCGUGGCUCAACGAGACACAAAGACGGACUACCGCGAACCUCCCGGAGCCGGAUACUAUCCAGGCGUGCUCAACACGGGACGAAGACGAUACGGUCAUCCGGCGAUCACGGGUAUCCUACCGGAACUGUGGCUACCCAUCCCGCAGCAGAAGAUGGAGGAAGGUGGACAGGACGUGACUGCACCAGACGAUCUGGAGUCUGCCACGGGCAUGGCUUCCGCUACGACGUCCGCACUGGGUGCACCUCGGAUCGAUUCUCCAUCGGCGUUGGGACGACGCGUCAGGACGUUGAGCAAAGCGGAGCCUUUGAUCCUGUCGCUACGCAAGCGCAAGAGCAGCUUGAUGUCGGGCGGUCGGACGAGACACAAUUCGACGAAACGCAGCGCGACGCCGGGGUCGGACGAGCCGAGUCAGGAUCGAGACACGAGCACAGCAGCGACGUAUGCGGAUACGGACGUCGGGCAGGAUUUCGGUGUAUGGUCGGAUGGCGUGUCGGGUCCGCAGGGAAGCAGCUCCAGCGCUGCGCUGGGCGAAGCAUUGAGUGGCGGAUACGCUGUUGCUCCGGCGAGGCAGCACAUUAGGGCUGCCAAGGGCGGAGGCUUCGGAGGCGACGUGGAGGAAGAACCGGCGGCUGACGAUGGGGAUGAGGAGGGCGUGUACAUUCACAGAUCGCUCAAGCAAGGGUCGUUUUCUCCCGCACAGUCACCUAGCGACAAGCGCACACGCACACACAAGUAG